AUGUUAUAAUUUUGGAAAAUCUAUAUAUUUGAUAUUUGUUAAAAUUUUAAUUAAAGGUAAUUUGAUUAAUGGUUUUUAGUUUUAUUAUGUGUCUUAUUAGUAUUAAAUAAGUUUAACAAAUAAUAUUUAACAAAUUUAGUUUAUUUGAAUAUUUUAGAAAUUAUAGAAAAUCUCUUUAUUGCUUUGAUGAAAUUGGCUAUUUUAUAAUAUUUUUGUUUUAUUUUCUUUUUUUUUUUAAUAGCCUUCAAUCUUUAUGAAUAGAAUUUUUACAAUUAAAUUGUCAGUUAAUUGAAAGAAAAUGAAUCAAUAUAAAAAAGUCCAUAGUUUGAUUUUAUAAAAAAACAUGGGGAGGUUCGAUUCAAAUAAAGGUUUAUAAAUAAUAGCAAUUUUUUGAUUUAUUCGAUAUCAAUAAUUUAAAUUUAAUGUAGUAACUUAUUUUUAUUGAAACGAUCCUUUUGCUUUGUUAUAGAUUUUAUUGUAUUUACUCCCUUCUUUUCAGUUUAUCAAUAUCGUUAAAUAUAAAUUAUGAUGAUGUAGCUAAUUUCUCGAAAUAUACUAAAUUAUUUUUUAAUAGUUCAUAAAUAUGUUUCUUCAUAAAAGAAGCUGUUUAAAUGGAAAAUAAUACUUAAUGAAGACCAAUACAUAUUAAUUUUGAUCAAAAUUUUUCAUAAAAUUUUCAAACAAAAAAUAUUCUUUUUAUCUUUCGCUACCAAAAUAAUCAAAAUAAAAACUAUAAGAUGGUCAAAACCUUAUUUUGUUUACAAAAUUAUUAUUUUAAUCUGA